ACAGGAAAGGCUGAGCGCAUCUUCCCGCUGUUUGCUCAAAGCUGGGGCGAGCCGCGCUCCCCAGGCUGGCCUCGCCACCUCGGCCGGCGGCGCGCCAACGCAUUGCCAAGUGGCUGGUGGUCGCGCAGGCUGACUGGAAGAGGGCGCAAGACAGAGCAGCGCCUGGGAAGUUUACAGGGAAUCCCUUUCCUUUGGCUUCCGUUGGCCCUACUCUCAAGUGCGAUGCAGCGGUGGCGGCGCGGGCGGAGGGGCGCCUGGCAUGAACUUGGACGGUGGCGGCAGGACGACCAGCACCAGCACGGGCAUCCACAGCAUCCGCGAAGGCGGCGGCGGCGGCGGCAUGAGCUCGGUGAGCUGCGGCAACGGGAAACUCCGGCAAUGGCUGAUUGAGCAGAUUGACAGCAACAAGUACCCGGGCCUGGUGUGGGAAAACGAAGAGAAGAGCAUCUUUCGCAUCCCCUGGAAGCAUGCGGGCAAACAGGACUACAACCGCGAGGAGGACGCCGCUCUUUUCAAGGCAUGGGCGUUGUUUAAAGGAAAAUUCAGAGAAGGCAUAGAUAAGCCAGAUCCUCCCACAUGGAAAACACGUUUGCGCUGUGCUUUAAAUAAGAGCAAUGACUUUGAAGAACUAGUUGAAAGAAGCCAGCUGGAUAUAUCAGAUCCAUAUAAAGUGUACAGAAUAGUACCAGAAGGUGCCAAAAAAGGGGCAAAACAACUCACUAUGGAAGAUCCACAAAUAAUUAUGAAUAAUGCUUACUCUAUGAAUUCAUCAUAUACUGCACUACAGUCUCAGGUGCCAAGCUACAUGAUGCCUCAUGAUCGUAACUGGAGAGAAUAUGUUCCAGAGCAGUCUCACCCUGAUAUCCCGUACCAGUGUGCGGGCAUGCCUUUUGCAGCUCGUAACCAUCAUUGGCAAGGUCCAGCCUGUCAGAAUGGCUGUCAGGUAACUGGAACCUUUUAUGCUUGUGCUCCACCUGAGGCUCAGGUUCCUGGGAUCCCAAUAGAGCCAAGCAUAAGGUCGGGUGAAGGUCUUCCACUGUCAGAUUGCCGGUUACAUAUCUGUCUAUAUUACCAUGAAACUCUUGUAAAAGAAGUUACAACUUCAAGUCCUGAGGGCUGUAGGAUAUCUCAUGGUCAAAAUUAUGAGGUCAGCUGCCUGGAUCAAGUUCUGUUCCCUUAUCCGGAAGAUCACAGUCAGAGAAAAACCAUAGAAAAAAUGUUAAAUCACCUGGAAAGAGGAGUAAUACUCUGGAUGACAUCCGAUGGGCUCUAUGCUAAGAGACUUUGCCAAAGCAGGAUCUACUGGGAUGGUCCUCUGGCCCUUUGCAGUGACAGGCCUAAUAAACUGGAACGGGAGCAGACAUGCAAACUUUUUGAUACUCAGCAGUUUUUAUCAGAAUUACAAGCGUUUGCUCACCACGGGCGGCCAUUGCCUCGAUUCCAAAUUGUGUUAUGUUUUGGAGAGGAGUUUCCAGAUCCGCAAAGACAGAGGAAACAAAUUACAGCCCAUGUUGAGCCAAUGUUUGCAAGGCAGCUGUACUACUUUGCACAACAAAACACUGGACCUUUUCUAAGAGGUUAUGAUAUGUCAGAACAAGUUGCCAGUGCAGAAGAAUAUCACAGAUCUAUCCACCAUUCAUCUGUUCAAGAAUAAGCACAUGAACUUUGGGGCUUGAAGUGUUGUUGUGAAAGCUGAGCAUCAUACAAGAAUAACUGGAUCACAAAUAAGAGAUGUAAAUCAAUGCUUGGAUUUUUCCAGAAGGUGAAAAAAGCUACUCAAGGACUGGAUAUGGGCAAGCCUAAUAAUACAGUAGAAUGAGUAGCUGCUCUCCGCCCACAUUUUUUGGAUUGCUAUACCUCAGAUUCUGCUGCUGGGGCUAGUUGUGAAAAUGGAUGAAAUAUACUGUAUGUUUACAUGUUCUUAAAUGAGGACAGUGUCUCGCGGACAGUUUGAACUUAAGAGUCCUAAUUAUUUAUUUGAUUAGAAAUCUCAGGGCAGGAAUUCCUAGACUGAUGCAGCAGUUUACAUGCUACAGGGUGGCACUCAGAAAUGCAUGUGAUAAAUUGAAAAUAUAUUAUUUUGAAAAUAUUAUGACUAUGGGAAUUUAAGGUUUAGGUAGUGAAUGUUGCUGUGUAAAGGUUUUUUUCUUUCUUAAAACAAAUUUAAUUCCUGACAUUUUUCUAAUAGAUUUUAAAAUAUAUUGUUGCUGCUGUUGCCACACAGAAAAUAAGCAUGCAUAGCCCAUUCUACAGGUAUAAUUGAGCUAAUAAUUCCUGAUAAAAAUACUACAUUCUUAUACAAUACUGUAUUAUUUAUUCAAUAGAUACAAUUUAUUUCAUGUUAAAUUCAAUAAGCAAUCAAAGCCUCUCUAUAAAACAGUGAGGUUAUGGCUGCAAGCCUAGACACACUUUCCUGGGAGUAAAUCAUAAUUACUUAAAUGGAGCUCAGUUUUGAGUACACAUGUAUAGGAUUGCACAGAUAUCUUCAAGAACAUAACCAAAGAGUGAAACACAUUGUUUAUGGAGGGAUCGAGAAUGAUCUGUGUAAAGCUAUAUUUAAGAAGUUAUUAACCCACUUACAAAUCUACAGCAGUUGAACAAUCAAAAUGGUGUUUGGAAUAACUUACAACUGACUUCAUUGUGAGAAUUAUAUCUUUUGUGUGAUAAUAUUGACAAUUAUGGGUCCUAGUGCAGGACGUAGUUAAGUGGACUUAAGUAGCUUUCUGCUUGAUUGUGACUAUGAGUGAUUUAUAGUACAUUUUUACUAAAAAGUAAAGGAGGAAUUUAGGGUCUAGGUAUUUGGUCGGACACAGUCAUAUAUAACAGAGGACAAUGGUGAAGUUACUUAUAAAAGUACCAAAGCAGACUUCUCUUUCCUGUGUAGAAAUAUAUAUAUUUUCUUCUUAGUUAAAUGUGUGUUAUACUUGAAUUUCUAAUCAGGGACUCAUAUACAUUUGUACAAUCAGCACUAGACUUUUGAAUUUGUGCAUCUUAAAGAGGCACAUUGCCUUGGGAUAUAAUACCAAUUCCCCUAACCCCAGACAAUGGGGUUCCUGUGGUUGUUCUUCAUCACUUAGCACAUUUUUCAUGACACAGACCGCAGUUACUUACUAGGGCCUAAGUUACACUGGAUGCAGUUGGAUUUACAUCUGAAUGAGUAAAGUUAGCAGCCUUACUUUUCUUAAAGUUGGGGGUGGGGGAGGACCAACAUUGCAGUUUUGUUAUUCUUAUGCCUUAUUUUCAGGUAUGCACAUGUGUGUUGUUAUUGCUCAGUUUAGAAAUAAUACACACAUUCGUUACAUGCAUGUAUGACCCUCACUUGCUUUUGGUUGUCUAUGUUAAAUAAUCAUAUCACAGAAUAAUAUUCAUUAUGCCAAAAAGGAAA